UUAAAAGCACUCAAAAUAGUUUCGAAAAGACAGCAAAGAUGGAUCCAAGAAGUAUUGAGGACCAGCUCUCGGCGACUGACUUUGACGUAAACGGCUACAUAAAGACUGUAGCGUAUCGUUUCGACAGUUCUGAGGAUUUGAAAAAGCACAAGAAACACAUACAGAGCGUGGCUGAGAGAACAGCUGGAAAACUAAAACAAAACGUCUACCAGAACUACGCUCUAUUCAUAGACACUUCCCGUGAGAUAUCAGCCCUGGAAUCAGAAAUGUACCAAUUGAGUCAUUUACUGAAUGAGCAUCAGGGACUUACGGCUAGCGCUCAGGCAGUUUCUGCUCCAGUUGCGGAGGACUCCGCCCCACUGGAGGACGAAUCAGAAAAACACACUAUCGCGUCACUUUUGGAAACAGUUGAGGGUAGCGCCAUGGUAACGGACGUCCCUGGACGCUACAUUAUUUAUGCGUCCAACCUUCGGGAAUUUGACUCCUCCCACCAGAAAAUGGAGCCACUAGAGACUGUGAGAGCAUUCUUGCUUAACGAUAGUCUGCUCCUUGCUACACUCAUAAAGGUCAAGAGGAAAGGGCCGAUAAAGUAUCACUUCCAGGCGCUAUACGAAUUGGAUAACCUGGCGGUGGUGAAUAUGAAGGACACGGAGAAAUUGAAGCACCUGUUUCAGAUCAGGAUGUUCCCUGAGAGCCAUACCUUCCAAGCUGAGAGCGAGAAUAUGAAGUGUCUUUGGAUCAAGCAUCUCGAAUCAACGAAACAGAAACUGGUCCAUGAGAGACAGACCUUUAAACAACUCAUCGACAUGUCAAGUGGCAGUGCCUCUAAAAUGGGGUCUAGGAGAGCCAAGGAGGUAGGGAAACUCACACGGCAGAUGACAGAAGCAGGGGCACCACAGUGGGUCAAAGACGCUCCUGAGAACCUUGACGUCUGUAUAGCUCAGAGAGAAUUUGAGCAAGCCGUGAACAUGAUUGACCAGGUCAAAUCCUUCCUCAAAGACUCCUCUGAUCAACUUGUCCUGCGUAACACACGUGCUCGUGUGAAUCACAGAAUCAAUCUGCUGGGGGAAGUAUUGAUGAAGGAGCUUCAAUCCUCACCCUCGGGUUCCUUAAGAGGAGGUCCCAACACAGCACGUAAGACCAUCACACUGUUGCUUCGACUCGGUCGUGCUUCAAAAGCAUGUGAACUCUUUCUGGCCAAUCAUUCACGGAUCAACGACCAUGAAUUGAGACAUAUUAAAUUAGAAGGAGCCACUACCAUUUACAUAGGGAAUGUCUCAAGUGCUUUCUUUACUAGCCUGCUAAACGCCGCUAGCGAAUUUAGCGAGGCUUUUAAGAACAAUCAGAGUAGUUUCUCAUCAUUUGUCACGUGGUCAAUUCGAGAGCUUGACUUGUUCCUAAAGCAGUACUGUAUUGAGGGGAUUUUCCCUCCUGUUAAGAGCAAUUUGAAUUUUCAAAUGGUAGCAGACUGUGUUGAGACCAUUCGUACCCAGUGUGAAAGUCUACUUAAGAGCGGGCUUGACUUAGACUUCAAAGUAAUGAACUUCCUUCAUCCGCACUUGGAAACAGCUCUAAAACACGCCCAAGAGCUCUUACAAGAGAAAAUAUCGGUCAUUGGGGACACCGAUACCUGGGACCCUAUGGACUGUCGUCAGAACCAGGCCCAAGUUGCCAAGGUAAUAGUCGAACUGGAUAAUAUCGGAGUACCCAGCCCAUCAAACAUCGUCACUAAUGGAAUAAUAGAUCUGAGCAAGACAACAUUCUCCAGCUGCAAGCUAAUACUCGGCUACGUUGACUGCUAUUUUAAGAUACAUACACCAGAACUACUUGAGGAAUUCGCUAGUUGUCUGUGCGACUUAUUUCGACACAUCAUUGGCAUCAUAAGUAAGGCUAUGAGUGACCCUACUCUUCUCCCUAAAAGUGAUUUCCUCGUUAAAAAUGCUGAGCUGCUGAUAUACAGUGUCCUCCCUGCUCUGGCACUGAAGAUUGAAGGCAAAGUGAAAAGGAAGAUACCUGAGAUGCCAAAACUUCACGACGAACUAAAAGAUCUAAUGGAGUUGAUAAAGAGUGGAAUACCUCAGACUGGAGAGGAGGGGGAGGAGGGAGAGUAUGAAAGUGAUGAGGACAACGGGUUGGUAUGAACUUGAACUGACAAUAUUUAUUGUGUGAUUGUAGUUUCAUAAUUAUUAUGUCAAUUAAUGUACUAGCUUUAAUUUUCUCUCUUUCUAUAACUCGAUCUCUUUUACAAUUAUUAAUCUUUUUGUCUAAAAUAAUUAUAGUUAUUCUAAAUCUCUCUUAAAAUGAAA